AUGGGCUUACCUCUGUCACCCAUUAUUGCGGAUCUGGUGAUGAGAAGACUUGAAAGGUUAUCCUUGAUGUCGUUUAACAGAAGUUGUCCUUUUUACUACAGAUACGUUGACGAUAUUUGUACGGCGGUUACUCCUUCUGACAUUGAAGCGCUACUACAAGCAUUUAAUAGUUUUCAUCCUCGCCUCCAGUUCACUAUCGAAAUCGGAGGAGACAAACUUGAAUUUUUGGAUGUCACAAUUUUUAGACUCAAUAGCAAACUUAUAUUUGACAGGUAUCGUAAGCCUUUCUUCUCUGGUAGAUUUCUUAAUUUUAAUUCAAAUCAUCCGGUAUCUCAGAAAAAAGGCACUAUAUAUUCUUUAGUGGACAGAGCGUUCAUUCUUUCAGAUUGCUCUUUCCACACCAAGAAUUUAAUCUUUGUCAUUAACAUAUUACUGGAAAAUGAUUACCUGUUACCAUUUAUAUUCAAUACAGUAAAUCAACGUAUUAAACAAUUAUUAAAAACAAAAUAUAUGACACAAGACAAUUCUACUGAGAAUUUGAAUGACGUACAAUCGUCUUCAUGGCUUAUGGUUCCAUUCAUACCACAUCAUACGGAAAGAUUCAAGAGAUUUAGUAAUAACGACGUCAGGGUGUCUUUUCAUAGUCCAAACAAGAUGGCAAAAUACAUAAAGGUGCAGAAAGAUUCACUCUCCAAAAACUCUAAGAACAACGUAGUUUAUAAAAUUUCUUGCGAAAACUGUGACGCGUCUUAUGUCGGUCAGACGGACAGACAGUUAAAAACAAGAAUAUCCGAGCACCGUAAUCAUAUUAGACAUAAUGCGUCAACCCUAUCUGUUAUCACUGAGCAUAGGCUGCAAUACGGUCAUGAAUUUCAAUGGGAUAAUAUUGAAAUUCUUGAUGAAGAACCGUGUUACAGAAAGCGUUUAGUGUCGGAAAUGCUCAAUAUUAAAAGACAAAAAAACAGUCUGAAUUUGCAAACGGAUACUGAAGGUCUCCAUAAAGCAUACAUUCCGAUUAUAAACAAGUUUUAA